AUGGCAAAAAAUCUACGAAAUAAAACAAUCGUUAUUACCGGCGGCGCAACGGGCCUUGGAUAUGCAAUCGCAGACAAGUUUUUGAAUAAAGAAGCCAAAGUGGUUAUUCUUCUAGAUAUUGAUGAGGAAAAAGUCGCUGAAGCAGUUAAAACGCUAGUUACUAAAUAUGGUGAUAAAAGAGCAGUAUUUUAUACAUGCGACAUCACAAAAGAUUUGGAUGCGGUAUACGAAAAAAUAAUUAGCAAUUUUAAGACCAUUGACGUUUUGGUUAAUAAUGCGGGAAUACUUAACGAUUUUAACGUAAGAAAAACAAUGGAAAUUAAUGUUAUCGCAUUAUUAGACUGGUCUUUUAAGUUUUGGGAACAUAUGAGGACUGACAAAUCCGGCAAAGGAGGUACAAUAAUCAAUUUAUCAUCAAUUUAUGGAUUUCAAUUCGACCAAUACAUGCCAGUGUAUCAAGCAUCAAAAUCAGCUGUCAUGGCUUUUACAAAAUCAUUAGGACAUAGUUAUAACUUUGCAAGAUUUGGUGUUAGAGUGAUAGCUAUUUGCCCUGGUUUCACAAAAACAAGUCUUGUCAUUGAUAUGAAGACACGGGUUCCUGAAGUACAGGAAGAUUUUUUAAAGUUUACUGAACAGCAACUUUGGCAAGAGGCUGAUUCGGUUGGUGAAGCGGCGGUGGAUGUUUUUGAAACUGCAGAAAGCGGCACAGCAUGGAUGAUAGUGGGUGCGAAACCCAUUUCUCAAGUGGUUUGA